AUGGGUGCAUCACAAUCGACGAGUGGGAUUGAGGGUGCUUCAUCGCCUGAACAGCUCAGCGUCCUCCUUGCUGAACGCUUUGCCACCAAAUGCUUCACACCUCUAGAACUUACCCAUUUCAAAGACAAUUUCUACUCUCGUGCCCUCGACCAGGCGGGCUUUCGGUAUUGGAAUGAGAAAAUACUCUCCGAUUUCCUCUCUGUACCUGAUGGAAUUUACACCAAUGAAAAGGAUGGUGGACACGAUGGACGCCUUGAUGCGGGACCAGUCGUUUUUCGAAUGGUUUCAUAUCUCGGCGCAUUCCCAUUCCAGAAGACGCUUGCUCCUAGUGUUUUGACUUUCGAUUCUAUGGUUAAAGUUGUUGUGUUAUUGACGGAGAGGUACGGUAAGGUUCUGAGGAGGGGUCGUAAGGAUCGUGUCAAGUUGUUGUUUGGAAGUCUUGCGGAUGUAGGUAGAUCAUUGGAGCAGGAUACGAAAAAACAGAACGAUAGCGCUGAGUCCGCUUCUAAGUCGGAAGAUUCGAAACAGUCUUCUCACGUUCAUGGGUUUUCAGUUGAUGAACCUACAAAUGACGAUUAUGAGGAGCAUGAAGACGAUGAUGACCUGGCACUGGCUGCAUUGGAAUCUCUCGAUGCUAUUGAAGUUUUCAAACAUGACCAACAAAUUGAUCGAGCAGUUUGUGAAGCGCGUAUAUCUAUCGACACAUUUCGACGUUUGCUUAUGUUGUUGCUCGCAAUUGCGCCUUUGAGACCACUUGAAUCCGUCAACAAGUAUACUUUCAAUCUCAGCUCGGAGGAACAAGCUGCCGUCAAACGUGAGGCCGAUACUAUUAUAGCUAGCUUUACGGAGGAAGAGAUCCGUGACGGCAUUGGGUAUAAGACCUUUGCGAAGACGGUUACGCUCAGUCUACCUCAUCUCUUUGAUCCGUUGACACCACUAUUUGAGCAUUUGCUAUUCAGUGAGAAUCUGGAUCUGUCUCGAAAACAGACUGGUCAAUCUGAACCAUCACCUGAAUCUCCGCCUUCAGAGGCUCCGACUGACGCUAACAUUGACGAGAAGCCUACCACUAUUAUGCUUCCAGGGAGCUUUGAAUCGGCUAUACUGACUCCAAGCAUGGUAUCACACCUCUCGUUCUUCCUACCUGCUUCAUCAGGUCAGAAUCUCUACAGGAGUGACAUACGUUUACAUCCCGUCUUUUCGACCGUCGCCCAUGGGGAAUCUCUAACAUCAUUCCAACACAAUGUCUUCACAUGGCAGGCUCCAUCACUUCUCAUUGUACAAGGUGCACUACCCGGAAGCUCUGGUUCCCCGGACGAACUGAUAACGUUGGGGGCAUACAUCCCCCAGCCAUGGAAACCAUCUUCAUCGUCAUCUUACGAAAGCCCUCAAAAUCUAAAUAACCGAUCGCGACUUCCUUACCUAUUUCAACUCCAUCCCAAACAUUCCGUCCUACCAGGUAAUUCGUCGCUAUUACAGACCAAAGAGCAACCGUCUACAACACCAAUAGUCUACUUCUCCACAACGACGGGAAUCGCAAUUGGCUGCGAAGUACCAGCAUCCGCUCAGCAACACAGAACCAGUUACGGACCCGGUGUCCCCUCGCCGCAUCAGCAACCGCAUCGUCGUCAGAGCAGUACUAAUCACAAACAACAACAAGGUCCCCUCCCACAUGGAGCAGGUAGUCUAAUCAUAGACGCUGCUCUAGAAACAGCCCAACUACACAUCUCCUAUCUAGCCGCUCAUACAGGCGUUUUCACGCCAGCCGUGCCACCCACCCUACCCACAAUAACCCACAUCGAUAUCUACAACCUGGAAAUAUGGGGCAUCAUUGAACCACCGUCACUGUCAUUGUUGCCUGAUAGUGCUGGCAUUGCGAAGGAUGCAAUUUCUCGACAACGCGAGGCAUGGCAGUUCGAUGCUCGGGAGGCGGAGCGUAGAAAGGGGAUAAAUGUUAAGUUGGGUAGUGGGAAUGAUAGUAAUUAUCAGAAUGCGAAGGCGUUGUUGGAAAUGGCGGGGAUUAUAGGUGAUCAGGCUCAGCAGCGGAGUGGGGGGAGUGUUUGAUAUUGCACUUGCGAAGGCAGGAUGUCUUUGAUU